UAGAAGGGAAAACGAAGCCCUAAUUUGCUUACUUGCUAGCUCCUCCUCCUUCCAGCCGACAAAGCGAGUUUGGGAUUCCGGGAAUUCGCAAUUGGGGAUUCGAACUUAACAGAUUUCCGACCAAAGCAUCGGAGAAGAAAAUGACUGAUUACGAAGAAGUGCGGUAUCAAGGAAACGGAGAUCACCUCGAAAACAGUCAUGGCGGAGGUUCUCCUCCCAGGUCUCGUUCCGAUUAUCUAAACGAUUUUAAUCAUCAGGAUUUUGAGAGAGACCCCUCUAGAAGCAGGGAAAAGGAAAGAGAGAGAGUGUGUGACAAGGAUCGUGAUCGUCACAGGGACAAGGAUAGGGAUAGGGACCAAGAAAAGGAUCGCGACUGUGAACGCCAUCACAGAGAUCGUCAUAGGGAUCGUAGUAGGGAACGCAGUGAGAGAAGGGAUCGGGGAAGAGAUAGGGAUGAUGAUGAUGAUUAUUACUGCAGUCGAGAUUAUGGCAGGAGAAGGGACUAUUAUAGAGACAGGGAGGAUAGGCAUAGGCACCGAUCCCGAUCCCGAUCCCACUCAAGGAGUAGAUCUGUGCGCAGAUCAAAGUCAAGAUCUCAUUUCACGCUCACGCUCACGCUCAAAGAGCAAAAGGAUUAGUGGUUUUGACAUGGCCCCUCCAGCUUCAGCAAUGUUAGCUGCUGGUGCUGUGGCAGCUGCUGCUGCAGGUACAUCUGAUGUUCAUGAAAAUUAAGAUUGUUGUAUCUUGUUACAUGUUAUUUUUGUUUUUGGAUGAUCUAAUGUGGAA